UUUUCUUUUUCUUUUUCCUCCAUUUAGGUAUUUAACUGGGAAUAUGCUGACUGGGCCUAUACCUGGAUGGAUCAUAAAGAAAUAAUAAUCUUACUCAUUAGACUGAUUUCCUUAAAUGCAGGUAGUUUUGCACUGAAGAAUCAAAUGCUAGUUGACAGAUUGAAGUAAAUGUUAAAAUCAUUAGUUUUCAGAUCUUUGUAGAUGAAGUGAUGAAACUGGUAGAGCUUGAUAAUCUCAAAGAUGCGAUAGUGGGCCUCCCAAGAAUUACAGGACUGUCGACAGAACAAAGGAAGAGGUUGACAAUAGCCAUGGAGCUUGUCACUAACCCUUCAAUCAUCUUCAUGAAUGAACCAACAUCUGGUCUUGAUGCAAGGGCAGCGGCCAUUGUCAUGAGAACCGUAAGGAACACGGUUGAUACAAGAAGAACAGUUGUCUGCACAAUCCAUCAACCUAGCAUUGACAUCUUUGAAGCUUUCGAUGAGCUUCUACUGAUGAAAAGAGGAGGGCAAGUGAUAUACUCUGGACCUUUGGGCCAGAAUUCUCAGAAGAUAAUCGAAUACUUUGAAGAGAAAUAA